GUUCCAUCCUGAUCAUUUGUAGUGCUGUCACUGGUCAUGAGUGUUGGUGAAACGGGUGUUGCUAUGAUGAUGUCAGUCAGAAUGGCUCCUCCUCUUCUUCUGAUCGUUCUGAUUAUGAUUCACAGGGUUUCUAGUGCUGUUUGGGGUGUGAGUUACAGUCCUUUACACAUCUGUGCAGUAAAGAACUCAUCAGUGAUAAUGAGCUGCACUUUUACAUACCCUACUGGACAUCAGAUCAUGGAAGUGUUCUGGACCAAAAACCCUGUAAAGGGUGAAGAGCCUCCAGAUCUGUCUGAGGAUCCUGAAUACAGUCAGAGGCUUCAGUAUCUGGGAGACAAACAGCAGAGCUGCACCAUCAGACUGAGUCAUGUGACACAGAAGGACCAACACAAGUACUGUUUCAGAUUCAUCACUGAUAUAGAUAAAUGGACUGGUGAUCCAGGAGUGACUCUUACUGUCACAGAUCUUCAGGUGGAGGCUCCUGAGAGAGUGACAGAGGGUCAUAAUGUCAGUCUGACAUGUAAAAGCAGCUGCACUCUGACUGACAGAGCAACAUUCAUCUGGUACAGAAACUCACAGCCAUUAACUGAGAGAAGAGACAGAAACAAUCAACUCCUGCUGCAGUCAGUCAGAAGAGAGGAUGCAGGCAGAUACAGCUGUGCUCUACAUGGACACAGUUACAUCUCUCCUGCUGCUCAUCUCAGUGUCACCUAUGCACCAAAAAAUGUCUCAGUGUCCAUCAGUCCAUCUGGUGUAAUAGUGGAGGGAGAUUCAGUGACUCUGAGCUGCAGCAGUGAUUCAAACCCUCCUGCUCUGAACUUCAGCUGGUUUAAAGGAGGAAUGUUUGUAGGAUCUGGAAGAAUCUACAGCAUCUCAAACAUCAGCUCUGGUCACAGUGAAGAAUACAAGUGCAAGUCCAUCAAUGAACAUGGAGAGAAAUACUCUGCUGCUGUGACUUUAAACGUCAUGUAUCCUCCAAAGAAUGUCUCAGUGUCUAUAAAUGGAUCUGGUGUAAUAGUGGAGGGAGAUUCAGUGACUCUGAUCUGCAGCAGUGAUUCAAACCCUCCUGCUCUGAACUUCAGCUGGUUUAAAGGAAGAACAUUUGUAGGAUCUGGAAGAAUCUACAACAUCUCAAAGAUCAGCUCUGAUCACAGUGGAGAAUACAAGUGCAAGUCCAGAAAUGAACAUGGAGAGAAAUACUCUGAAGCUGUGACUUUACACGUCAUGUAUCCUCCCAGGAACGUCUCAGUGUCUAUAAAUGGAUCUGGUGUAAUAGUGGAGGGAGAUUCAGUGACUCUGAUCUGCAGCAGUGAUUCAAACCCUCCUGCUCUGAACUUCAGCUGGUUUCAAGGAGGAAUGUUUGUAGGAUCUGGAAGAAUCUACAACAUCUCAAAGAUCAGCUCUGAUCACAGUGGAGACUACAAGUGCAAGUCCAGAAAUGAACAUGGAGAGAAAUACUCUGCUGCUGUGACUUUACACGUCAUGUAUCCUCCCAGGAACGUCUCAGUGUCUAUAACUGGAUCUGGUGUAAUAGUGGAGGGAGAUUCAGUGACUCUGAUCUGCAGCAGUGAUUCAAACCCUCCUGCUCUGAUCUUCAGCUGGUUUAAGGAGAAUCAAAGCUCAGCUGUUGGAUAUGGACAGAGUUUCAGUGCACUACAGAGUGGACGCUUCUACUGUGAGGCUCACAAUCAACAUGGAUCUCAGAGAUCAGACUCUGUUACUGUCACUGUUAAAGGACCUCUGGUGAUAUUGCACAUAUCUGUUGGUGUGAUUUGUGGAGCUGCAGUUAUCAUCACAAUGCUUAUUUGGAGAAGCAGGAUGAAAAAGAGAAAAAACUCACUUGAAGCUCAGAUGAAUCAUUCCAGACCUGAUCAUGACAGAUGCACAUCUGAUGCUAAGUCGACUGAACCUAUAUAUGAGAAUGUAACGAUGAAUCAUUCCAGACCUUGUGAUGUUGAGGUGACUGAACCUGUGUAUGAGAAUACAAUGCAUGACAAGCCGUAGUGUUUGGGACACUGCCUUUUUCGUCUCUCUGUGGGUGGAGCCCUGAAUGAUUGACAGUAGUGUCUUUAUUUACAGAGAUUUAUUUACCAAUUGGUUUUAUCCAGAGAGACUUGUAGACAAUGAGCCUUAAAUGUGCUGUAAUUUUAUUUGAGUGUACUAAAGCAUAAAAAUACCGUAUGAAUUGGUAUGAAAGCAGUCUUCAUUUACAACAAACAAAAAGUGCAUCUAAAAACUAAUAUAAUCAUGUUAAACCUCAUUGUAUGUAAAGUUUUACAUAUUCUACUUAUUCAGUGUAUUUACAGAUUGUAUAUUGCCUUUUAAUAAACUGUAUUGCAGU